AUGUAUGCAAAUGGCGGGGGCGGCACUGCAGCCUUCGGUCUGUCGUACACGAGCGACAAGAAGUGGCGUGUGCUGUGCGGGGACGGAGCGGGCAGCGCAGACAUCAGCACGUGGGAGCCAAACAAAAGCUACAACGUGGCCAUCGUGCGCCAGGGCGGCGGCCAGGGCUCCGUGUACAUUGACGGCGUGCGUGUGGGAGGCCCGCAGCCGGAGCAGCGGUGCGGAUCGCAGCCAUGCACGAUCUCGCACUUCUUCAUUGGCGGGGACGGCGGCGGCGCGUCAGAGCCAGCGAGUGAAGACAGCCGUGUGACGGUGACGAACGUCCUGCUGUACAACCGCCCGCUGGAGGAGGGCGAUGUCAGGGCACUCGCGGCCGGCAAAGUCGCUAUCCCGCCGCCGGACGCCGGCAACUCGCCCGAAACGCAGGCGGGAGGUGGGGGUGCUGACGGUGCAGCGUCCGCCGCCAGAGUCGCUAAUGCCGCGAGCACCGCUGCCCCGAGGGCGCGGAGCUCAAAGGGCGACGUCACUGUGCAUUGGCGUGUGCCGCAAGUGCUGCUGCUGCUGCUGCUGGAGCUGUGCGGCGUUGCGGCUCUUUGCAGAAUGUGA